CCCCGACCGCUUACGAUGCUGGUUCCUGAGGCGGGGGGCAGACCGCGCUCCGCGUGCUGCCAGCGGGAGGAGUCCGUCGGGGGCAGCGCCGCUCCCGGCGGCAAGCCCGGCCGGACCGACGGGAGGAGCCCCGCUCCCGCCCUCCCCCGGCGGCUGGUCACGUGCGGCGGGCGGGGCCACCCGGGGGGCGCCGCCCUCCCGCCCCGCCCUGCUCCCGUCCCAUCCCAUCCCGGCGGCGGCGCGGAGGGAGCGCGGUGGCCGUUGCCGAUGGAGGCGGGAGUCAGCGCCGAGGCGGAGCCCUUGUUGCCCCCGCGGAGCUGGCGAACGGGACGGGGGCUCUGGCGGGCGGGUAGCGGUGACCGCCCCGCCGCCGGGGACGCUACUGGAGCUGAUAAUGACCAUCAUAUAAACCAAGCCGUGGUAUUUAUUGAAGAUGCAAUACAGUAUCGAUCUAUAAAUCACCGUGUGGACUCUAAAUCCCUGUGGCUUUAUCGAUGGUACUAUUCAAGAACUUGCCAGUGGAUUUUGAGUUUAACCAUUACUAUAAUCCUGGCUUUGGUUUUCAUUGAAAAGCCUUCUUCACUUACUGUCACGUCAGAUGUACGAUACCGCUCUUCUGCGUGGAAUCCUCCGUGCGGCCUAACAGAAAGCAUUGAGCUGCUUUGCUUUCUUGUGUUCAUGGUUGAUGUAUCUGUGAAGAGUUACCUAAUUGGAUGGGAAGAAUUUUGGAAAAAUAAAUGGCUGGUGGCUUACAUACUGAUAUUAAUUGUUUCGUUCACCGAUUGGAUUGUAUCACUGAGUCUUUUCUGCGCAGAGGAUGUGAGAAUAAGAAGACUUCUUCGUCCUUUCUUUCUCCUUCAGAAUUCUUCUAUGAUGAAGAAAACAUUAAAAAGUAUCAACAGCACAUUGCCUGAAAUGGCAAGUGUUCUACUACUACUAGCUCUACAUCUGUCUCUCUUUACCAUGUUUGCCAUGCUGCUGUUUGCUCGAACAAAGCUUUUCGCUAAGUUUAUUUUCUUCUAUGUUUUCUUAUCUUCCAAUACUGGUAUCCCUGGCCGUGCCUUGGAUGGCCAGCAGGAUAAGGAGUGGAUGGGCUAUUUCCGGAAUUUGCCGGAUUCACUGACAUCACUGCUGGUCCUGCUAACUACAGCAAAUAAUCCUGACGUGAUGAUUCCUGCAUAUUCUAAGAAUCGAGCAUAUUCAAUCUUCUUCAUACUCUUCACUGUGUUAGGCAACUUGUUUCUGAUGAAUUUGCUUACAGCAAUAAUAUACAACCAGUUUCGAGGAUACCUUCUGAAAUCAGUUCAGUCCUCCCUCUUCAGGAGGCGACUAGGAAUCCGGGCUGCGUUUGAAGUGCUUUCUUCCCUGAAAGAGGCUCCUGCUAAUGCACAACAGUCCUAUGUCAGUGUUGGGGCCUUACUACGAGUGCUGCAGAAAGUUGAAAUGGAUUCUCGCUGCAAGCAAGCCAUCAUGAGAUCGCUCAAAACGUGCUCCUGUGACCAGUUGUCAGCUGCCCAGUUUCAGAAGCUCUUUGAAGAACUAGACAAAGAUGCCAUUAAGCAACAUCCUCCCAGUCCAGAGUACCAAUCCCACUUUAUGCAGAAAAUACAGUUUGUCUUUGGCCAUCGCUACUUUGGCUACUUGGGGAACGUUGUAGCCCUUGCAAACAUUAUUUCUAUCUGCGUGGUUUUGGUGAUGGAUGCAGAUAAGGAACCAUCUGAAAUAGAUGACGACUUCUUCCUGGGGGCUAUCAACUGCUUCUUCAUCCUAUACUAUCUGCUGGAAAUGCUGCUCAAAAUCUUAGCAAUGGGCUUGAAAAGAUACUUGUCAUACCCAAGCAAUAGAUUUGAUGGACUUCUGACUAUAAUCUUGCUGAUUUUGGAGAUUGCAACUUUUGCUGCGUAUGGAUUUCCUCAUCCUGGUUGGAGACACGUGUUCAUGGGCUUGUUAUCCCUGUGGGAUAUGGUGCGAUUGGUGAACAUGUUAAUUGUGUUCAGGUUCCUGCGGAUUAUUCCUAAUAUGAAGUUCAUGGCUUUGGUUGUUACUACGUUGCUGGACCUGGUAAAAAACUUGAGAGCCUUUGCAGGAAUCCUUGUGGUGGUGUUCUAUGCAUUUGCUAUAACUGGCAUAAUGCUAUUUGAAGGUGCUGUUGUUUCCUUGCAAAAUAUCAGUGCUGUUAAUACAACAUAUAACAACGGCACUCUGAACUGUGGGACCUACGAACAGUUGGAAUAUUGGCCAAACAACUUUGAUGACUUUGCUGCAGCAGUGGUGACCCUCUGGGAUGUGAUGGUGGUGAACAACUGGCAAGUCUUUUUGGAAGCAUUUUCAAGAUAUUCAAGUCCGUGGGCAAAGAUCUACUUUGUAGCCUGGUGGUUGAUCUCCUCUGUCAUCUGGGUUAACCUCUUCGUAGCUUUACUUCUAGAGAACUUUAUUCACAAGUGGGACCGUCGCUGUCAUCGACAAUCUCUUUCAGAUAUUGAGUACCAGAGGACAGUUGAACUAAUGUUCAGAGAUGUUUUGGAAGAACCUACAGAGGAAGAGUUGAUCGAAAAACUGCACCAGCAUCCACACCUGCAGUUGUGUAGGUGACUGGUGGGAAGGACUGAUUUAUUUAGAUCUCUGUUUUCUUGAGGUUGUCAGCUAGAAGAAACUGAAUGGAUUUUCUGUGAGAUGCUGUUGGGAGAGAGGUGUGUAGGACAGCAUGUGAGGUUUUGCUUGGCAAUUCUCUGCAGAAAGAGGUUUUUUAAUUUUGGGUUCAUAUCUUUAAAAAAAAAAAAAGAUUUGAAUCCUGCUAAUUUGACUUGAUUUUAAGUUUCAAUUUUAGAGGAAUACUGCCACUGUUGUUUUAUAAACUGUUGAUAUUGGAAUGUUUUACUUUAUUUUUUUUUUUAAGAAGGGAAAGCAUGUUUAAAAUAACAGUGCACUUUAAAACAUGAACUUUGUAACCACAAAGUCUGCUACUUUUUUCAGCACAAAAAAAAAUGGAACUGCCUUGUCUGGUAGGCAGGUGUGGCAAGAGCUGUGCCCUGCAAUUCAUGAAUGGAUUAGGCAGGACCACAACAAAGUCCUUGAUGUCUUUGUAGUGAGAGUUGAAACACUAUUUUUAUUGAAAUGUGACACCAGCAUCUCUUACCAAAUUUUCAGGAGCUAAUCCUGUCAGAACACAAUCAAUUUCAACUUAGUAACAGGGACCGCCUAUUUUGCACAUCCACUUUUUCUUUCAUUUUUGAGCUAGGGUUUGCGCUGGUGCAUUGUGCUGGUAACUUUGAGAGCAGUUAUAACUUUGAACAGAGCAAUUGCACUUGUGGUUUUCAAUGUGGUAAAAUUGAGCUCUCUUUUAGAGUAAAUAUUCUCAUGUUGCUUUUUAGUGAACCUCUUCCCUUUACUUUCUUCCAAGUCCGUUUCUAUACUGUAUCAUGUUCCAUGAAAAAGCUGAGGGGAAUGAGCUUUAGCUGGAAUGUAGCACCAAGUCUCCCACUUAAAGGGGGGUAGAAAAAAAGGCUGCAUGGGAUAAUCAAAGUGCUUAGCAGCUCAAAUUUUCAUAUGAGUCUGUGCGAAUUAAAAGUGCUCAACCAGUACUGCAAGAUCACAUUCUUUUAUGGCUUAAUGGCCACAUGCUGUAUUCCACUAGCUUUCACCUGGGUCAUGCUUUUUGGGUAAAUAACUUUGUCCACAAAUCUGAAGUGGAGAAUUAACAGUAAGCCAUGUCCACAUGCUUUUCAUUGUCCCUUAGUAUUCCUGUAAAAAAGGUGGGUGUUUUUUGAAUCUUAGUCACAUAACUAGUGAAUAACUAUGAAGAAUAGAAUCGAUCCCAACUCCUAUGUUUAUAAGUAAAAAUGAAACUACCCUUUGGGGUGCUGCCGUGUCAUUGAGACACUUGUCACCUAAACAGAUGAUAUUGUGAUCAUCUCUGCAUUGACAAAGGCUUGGGAAGGUAACUGGCCGUAAAACGCUGCUAUUACUUUUAAGUUAUUUGAUCCUUUUUUUAGAUAACGAAGCAUUUUUUCGAAAGUGCCAAGCAGUCAUCCUGUGUACUUUUCCUCCUUUUUCUCAUUUGUCUCUUCUUUCUUUCUUGCCUAAGGGAGAGGAAAAUAUCUGGGAUGACGGUGCAUUUAAGCUCAAAACCAUAUUUCUGGCUUGUUGUCUCACUCUUCAGAAGUUGUAGCGAUUCUUGUCUCUUUAUCUUCUGCUUGUAUUUUCCUUGUGCUGUGGAACAAAAUGUGUUGUAGCUUGCAUAUGUGUAGAACAAAUCUGAACUGAGCUCUGAGCUACUCCUGCAAUUUGUCUUUACUUUUGUAAUCUUGCCUCUUAUGCCAUGCUCUUGUCUGUGUUCGUUCUCUUGUCUCUGUUCCAGAAUAAUCCACCCAGUAACUCACUUGCACUGGUUUCAGUGGCGUUACCAUGCUUAUUUUCAGUGAUGCACUUAAAACAUUCAUCAUGGCAAGUAGAUAAAGGCAUCAUCAGCACACAGUUUUUCUAGAGCUGAGUUUGGUUUUUUUCGGUAUGGCUUUAUGCCAGGAUGGUUUGUGCUCCUUCUAGCACGGUGCAAUCACUGCCACCAAUUUAUUGGCACUUACUAACAGAGGUUAAAUAGUCUAUUUUGCCUUUUUACUGAAAAAAAAAAUAAUUGUUUUCCACUUUUCAGAAUACUUGAAAAAGUAGCUUUGCCUUGCCAAAAAGGAAGUGGCCAGUUCUUAUCUGCCUGCAAGUUUGAUUUUUUUUUUUUGUCUCUUCACGUUGUUUGGUUUUUUGCUUGUUUUUAUUUUUUUUCCAUUACAUUCCACUACAAUCUACCAAAGGAACACAAAUUGGUGUGGGAUUAUCGUAAAAGUCACAAAUGUCUCCAUUAUGCAAUCUUUGCAUCCAGACAAAUGUGAAGAAGGCUUUCUGAAGGGAAUAGUCUCAGUCUUGUUCUUGUUUCACAUUUGUGUAAUUGACUGAAAGUGUACCUAGAGUUUAAUACAAAAUUGUGGUACCUAAUGUCACUUGUACUGGAAGAUGUAAACGACCACAAGUCGUAUGCAAUAAUUGUAUAAAUCAUGAAAAUGAGUGUAUGUAACUGGGUAAAAUUUGAGGUUUCCAUUAUUAAAAAAAGUUUCUCCUUCUUAAAAUAUGGAAAUAA